AUUAGUGGCUCGUCCCGUCCCGCCCCCAGCAGCUCGCUCGGCUUUCCUGCGCCAGCAGCAGUGUGUCACCGAGGCUGGGUUGCUGCCGGAGAGAUCAGGGCAAACAACCAGUUAACCCAAACUGGCAUCGCAGCGGGGCUGAGGGGCUGCCCCGGCGAGUUUUAAACCUGAAUACUGCUUAGGUUGGAUCCUACGCCUCUCUGUCACCACCGCCCUUCCUCCUGAUGUCGGAUUUCAAGCUAGGGAUCGUACGGCUCGGCCGUGUGGCCGGGAAGACAAAAUACACACUGAUUGAUGAGCAGGACAUACCGCUUGUGGAAAACUAUGCGUUUGAGGCACGCAUGGAGGUAGAUGCGGAUGGCAAUGGAGCUAAGAUCUUUGCCUAUGCUUUCGACAUUGGCAAAGGCCGCUGGGCAGGAAGGCCUUUGCAUGAGCUGCUCUGGGAGAAGCACAGAGGAGGCAUUGCCCCCAGUUUUCAAGUCAUCCACAUCAACUCUGUGACAGUGGACAACCGGCUAGACAACCUGCGACUGGUGCCAGUGGGCUGGAGCCCCAAGCCGGAGGAGAUUUCCAGCAAACAGAGAGAGCAGUCUCUGUACUGGCUGGCCAUCCAGCAGGUACCGGCUGACCCUGUGGAGGAGCAGUACCUGGAGCUGAGCCGUACACGCUACUACAAUGCUAACGGGGAGCUGGUGGAGGAAGAGGAGUGCUCCUGCACUUACUAUGAGUGUCAUUAUCCUCCUUGUUCACUCAUUGAGAGAAGGCUCCGGGAGUUCAACAUCUGUGGUCGCUGCCAGGUGGCGCGCUACUGUGGCUCCCAGUGCCAACAGAGGGACUGGCCCGCCCACAAGAAGCAGUGUCGUGAGCGCAAGCGGGUGCUGGCCCUGGAGUCGGAGCCCGAACGAUGAUCUGCCCUCAUCCUCGCCUGGGAGAGGAGGGGGCAGAACAGGGGGGAUAGGGUUAGACUUGUGGGAGGAGAGCGGGGAUGAAGUGCAAAAUGGUUGGGAAUUCAUGACAAGAGACUAACGACAGAGGACAAUGUUGGUUGCUUGAUUGUUUGAUGGAUUCAGGGGCUAAGAAGAUGGAGGUGAGGAAGGAGAAUUAAAAAAAAAGGCAAAAAGACAUCUGCUACUUCCCAGAACUGGUAAUUCUCCAUAGCUUGCUUGCUGGAUGACAGGGAAAGGUAUUAUUAUUAUUAUUAUUAUUUUUCAUUAUUUUUCUCGAGGAGGGAGACCCUCGAGCUCUACCUGCUGCUAUGGUUUUGUAUGUGAGGGGGAAAAAGUUGUCUUGUGGAUGAACUGGACAAGCUUCUUUGGACCAUAAUAUGGACAGUUGUCAUCAUCCACUUUUGUUUCUCCACCCAUCUACUGGGUGUGGGGACAUCUGUGCAAAUGGGGGACUCAGAGGCUGCAGUACCCGUCGUUCAGCUGGUACAAUGGGACAUGGACCUUUUCACUGUAUUGCUCCCUCUGUGACCUCUCUGGUGCACAAGGCUGCUGUCUUCAUGGUCAUCGACACCUUAGCCGCCUCCCUAUCUGUUGUACUUCCCACGCAGCCAACCACGGCACACAUUGGAUAGAUUUCACUGAUUGAAUCACACUACCAGUAUUGCGUGUGGGAGUGUGUAUGAGUGUGUAUGCUUGUGUAUGUAUGUGUAUGUGCUGCCAAUCUGUACUGAAGGACAUUGAAAUGGUCAACAUGGUUUAUGGGCAGGGUUAAUGUAUGUAUUUUCUCUUUUUAAGGGGGCCAUAUAACAGUUUUAAAUUUCAUAUUUAAUAAUCAAUUGGUGGGUUAAAAUAUUUUCACUGUUCAAUAAUAAAAUAGCUGCCAAAUAAAGGCUUUAAUUUUUUCUAGUAAAGUCUUUAAGUUUUCUUGACCCAUGAGUUAUUUCAUUUUUCUAUCAAUUUGAUCAGACUUUUGUUGUUUAAAACAAGGUACAACGUUUGAAUCGCCUGAAGUAACUGGAUUCAUUAGAUUUUUAAAGAAAUCAGCAAUUUCAAAAUGUACCAGUUACUAUUUAAAAAGCUGUUCCAGGUGUUAGUACUUUGACAGGCCUUUGUCAUGAUCCCACAGAAACAAAGCUUAUGUUGGUCACGGUAUAAGAAACUGCAACAUAAUUAUUUCAUGUUCUCAAGACACAAAAGUAUCUGUCAAACUUUCUGAUUAUCUCUACCAAAGUCUGCUAUAACCUGUAGCUUGGUACUCCUGUAUCAACUGGUUUAAAUCCCUCCAGUCAGUCUUAGUUUGCUGGUUUUUAACACUCUUGUCUUUUCAACUGUAUUUUUUGCACCUGCAGGGUUAUGGUAUGCAUGGGUUGGGGAGGGGGUCUAGUGCUAAGUUUCUUGUGUGAGAGUUAAGGGUUAUUUUUUUGAAGAAAUUCUAUCAAUGGAGCUAUAUUUAUUUAAAACAUUUGAUUGUGAAACAUGUUCUUGUCCUGGUGAUAUUUGAAGGCAAACAUUAUAAAAAAGUGGACAAUAUGGGACCUUUUUAUGUCAUCUUUUUAGGCAGGGAGGGGGACUGAACAUUUCAACCCUGUUACUUGUUUCUUUCCUUCACCUGAAUGAAUGAGUGAAACCUCCUCGGUGUUGCCCUUUCCAUGAAAACACUGCACACUAUCAUUGUCACUAAAACUCUUCCAUGUGAGAGACGUCUUGGAGCGUAAAACUUGAAUUUACCCCUUUACACACCUUUUUGGCAAAAAAAAUUUUUUUUGGGGGGGCGAGUGGUUUUAUGAACUGAACCAUUUCCUGCAUUUGUUUUCUAAGACACAGCAGUCAAAGUGAAAUUGUUCUGUGUCAACUUUAUCCUAAAUCGCCUGCCUUCCUUGUAUUACCUACAAUGCACACCUGCUUAAUGUGUCCUCUUGUGUCUUUGAUGAGGAGUCCAGACACUUAGUAAGCAUGUAAUUCACAGAUGUACAUGCGACUUGUUGAUUGUUAUUUUUUAUGUGUGCGAACCGGUUUUCAACACUGCACUAAAAAUUUGGCUCCCAUGUUAGCGCAUUUGUCAUAGAUGGGUUGAAGGGAGGGGUGUGAUUUGGAUUUGGAGUGUACAGAUUGUCUGAAAUCUUUUUGUUUUGUAAGAAUAUAAACAUUAAUCACCUAGAAAAUAAGGAGCUACAAUAUGUGAAUGGAAGUACAGUUGAGGGGGAUUACUGACCAUUGCUUUUCCAAAUGUAAAAUGACAAUAAAUAAAAUGAACCUCA